CAUCACCUUCAUUCAAUUCAUAGAAAAUGGUUACUGUUAGACAAAGAAAGAAGCAAAAAUCCGGCAGUUCAGCAUCUGCUAGAAGCAAAAAAGCAGAACAAAAGCGGAUAAAGAGAGCACCUACAAUGCAUGGACCGGCAGCGAUCAAAGAUAAUUGGGACCCAAAGAAAACCGUUCGAGAGAAUUACAAGGCUUUAGGAUUGAUCGGAGAUCUUUCGAUGCGGGAUUCAGGCGGAAGUGAAAAGACAUACUCACAGCCAGCUAUCGCCAAACCCAAAGCGGGAAAGAGCAAUAAGCCAUCCUUGAUCAGUUCUGGAACGGCAACAAUCGAAAGAGAUGAGGAGGGAAACAUUAUUUCAAUCCAAGAGAAUACCGUACAACAAGUGCAAACGGCUUGGGGACCAGCAUUCGAUAGCGAUGCAGAAGAAGAGGAAGAGAUAGAACAAGAUGAAGAUACACAGCCAAAAUCAGCAAAGGCGAUAGAAGUGAUCUCUGCUUUGGAACAUGCCGCUCAACAAGCCACACCGGUAGAAAGGUUCACAUCUACACGCGAACAGGACUGGCUACAUCAAAUGGUGAAAAAGUACGAUGACGACUUUGAUGCCAUGUCUAGGGAUCGUUUAAUCAACGUUUGGCAAAAGACACCCGGUGAAAUUAGGAAAGCAAUCAAAAAGGCUGGUGGCUUAGAAGCAGUCAAACAAAGUUGAAGUUCGAGAAGAGAAUAGAGAAGUAGCAACAAUGUACAGUAAUAGCAAGACACAUGAUACAACAUUCACUGAUCACCUAUUGUUUUAUCCCACGAAGGGAUGAGCCUGCAUUUGUGCCCAUUGAAACGCUAGUGAGGUGUCUGAUGAUCUUUCUUAUCAUGUGGAUCUUUAUCUGAAAUUGCUCGAGGUAGCUGUUCAGAAUCCUUGCUGAAACGUUUGGGGGGUGGAGAAUUACUGGGGCCUGUACCCGUAUCUGGGCUCAUCGGACCAGGAUCCUUUGAUUUACGUCGUUCAUUUUUCGCUAUUGAAACAUUAUUAAAAUAACG